CUCACGCCGCCGCACAGCAGAAUGCCGCUGAAGUUCAGCGCCAAUAUUUCAUGGUUGUUCACAGAACUGCCGGACUUUACCCAGAGGAUCUAUGCGGCUGCGGCUGCCGGGUUUCAGGCGGUGGAAGCCGCCUGGCUGUACGACACGGAGAUCCCGGAGCUCCGGAGAGCCAGGGAGGCCACCGGACUGGAAGUGGUCCUCAUAAACACCCCUUCCGGUGACGUCAAGGCGGGGGACCUUGGACUUGGAGCAGUCCCUGGAAGAGAAGCAGAGUUCAAACGUGGUCUAGAUCUGGCUGUGCAAUAUGCAAGAGCUUUAAACUGCAAAAGGCUCCACCUGAUGGCAGGAAGGAUACCUGUUGGGUCAGACCGAGCUGCCGUUGCCCUGGAAAUGGAGACCACAUUUGUUCAGAACCUGAAGUAUGCUUCAGAUGUCCUCUCAAAGGAAGGAAUCACUGGGUUGAUCGAACCAAUAAACACAAGGAUCACUGAUCCAAGGUAUUUUUUGGACUCUCCUCAUCAGGCUGCUUCAAUACUGGAGAGGGUUGGGAAGCAGAAUAUCAAGUUGCAAAUGGAUGUUUUUCACUGGCAGAUAAUGGAUGGAAACCUGACGCAGAACAUACACACCUUCUUUCCUCUCAUUGGCCAUGUCCAGAUAGCUCAGGUUCCAGGCCGUAACGAGCCGGACAGCGCUGGAGAGCUGAACUUCCCGUACCUGCUCAGCAUGCUGGAGCAGCAGGGCUACCAGGGCUACGUCGGCUGUGAAUACAAACCACGAGGAUCUACAGAUGAAGGUCUCGGUUGGCUGAAAGAUUACUGGACACACAACAAGUGACAUCAAGACGAGUCGAUUCGACAAAAGGCAAAUUGAUUAAGGUUUCCAUAGGGUCAGUUCGAUGUGCUUAUAUGUGUAUAUAGUAUAUAUAUAUAUAUAUAUAUAUAUAUAUAUAUAUAUGUGUGUGUGUGUGUGUGUGUAUGUGUAAUGUUUUCCACCCCACCGUCGGUUGUUGUGCAUCAUAAAUACCUACCCCGUUGGUUGUUAUAGUUUAAAUGUUUCCUCAUUUGAUUGGUUGCUGUCCAACCGAAAUUAGGUGCGUGACGCUGGGCAACGUAAUCUGUAUGUUUCUUUGUUGAACCACAUUAGCAGCUGAUGAGUGCGCGACGCACGAAAUAGGCCUGUAUUGCAAUAUAUUAAAACUUUUUUCCUGAAUCUGUGUUGAUAUACACUCACCGGCCACUUUAUUAGGCACACCUGUUCAAAUGCUCGUUAAUGCAAAUUUCUAAUCAGCCAAUCACAUGGCAGCAACUCAGUGCAUUUAGGCAUGUAGACAUGGUCAAGACGAUCUGCUGCAGUUCAAACCGAGCAUCAGAAUGGGGGAGAAAGGUGAUUUAAGUGACUUUGAACGUGGCAUGGUUGUGGGUGCCAGACGGGCUGGUCUGAGUAUUUCAGAAACUGCUGAUCUACUGGGAUUUUCACGCACAACCAUCACAAGAGUUUACAGAGAAUGGUUCGAAAAAGAGAAAAUAUCCAGUGAGCGGCAGUUCUGUGGGCGAAAAUGCCUUGUUGAUGCCAGAGGUCAGAGAAGAAUGGCCAGACUGGUUCGAGCUGAUAGAAAGGCAACAGUAACUCAAAUAACCACUCAUUACAACCGAGGUAUGCAGAAGAGCAUCUCUGAACGCACAACACGUCGAACCUUGAGGCCGAUGGGCUACAGCAGCAGAAGACCACACCGGGUGCCACUCCUGUCAGCUAAGAACAGGAAACUGAGGCUACAAUUCGCACAGGCUCACCAAAAUUGGACAAUAGAAGAUUGGAAAAACGUUGCUUGGUCUGAUGAGUCUCGAUUUCUGCUGCGAUAUUCGGAUGGUAGGGUCAGAAUUUGGCGUCAACAACAUGAAAGCAUGGAUCCAUCCUGCCUUGUAUCAACGGUUCAGGCUGGUGGUGGUGGUGUAAUGGUGUGGGGGAUAUUUUCUUGGCACACUUUGGGCCCCUUAGUACCAAUUGAGCAUCGUGUCAACGCCACAGCCUACCUGAGUAUUGUUGCUGACCAUGUCCAUCCCUUUAUGACCACAGUGUUCCCAUCUUCUGAUGGCUACUUCCAGCAGGAUAACGCGCCAUGUCAUGAAAGCUCGAAUCAUCUCAGACUGGUUUCUUGAACAUGACAAUUAGUUCACUGUACUCCAAUGGCCUCCACAGUCACCAGAUCUCAAUCCAAUAGAGCACCUUUGGGAUGUGGUGGACCGGGAGAUUCGCAUCAUGGAUGUGCAGCCGACAAAUCUGCAGCAACUGCGUGAUGCUAUCAUGUCAUUAUGGACCAAACUCUCUGAGGAAUGUUUCCAGUACCUUGUUGAAUCUAUGCCACGAAGGAUUAAGGCAGUUCUGAAGGCAAAAGGGGGUCCAACCCGGUACUAGCAAGGUGUACCUAAUAAAGUGGCCAGUGAGUGUAUAUAGUACUACCAUUAAACCUCUGUAAGAACACAUGUGGUUGUUUUACCUGACAUUUGGUAAUUACAAGUUAUUUGUUCCAUAUUUUGGCUUUAUGUACUUUUUUAACUGAAGUGACAAGAUUUUAAAUCUGGGCUGGAAUGGUGUCGGAGCCAUUCUCAUACACAUGUGUAGGAGCUCAUUGGUGAGCCUGGAACGAUAUUUGGUUUUAAUAAAGUUCAUA